GCAUGGAGAGUGUGCAAACAGUUUAAGGUUGAACAACAUCCGCAGCAGUAAUUACAUUUUUUUGUCAUUUAUCUUCUUGAUACUUGAAGUAUUCAAUUCUUUUUUAUUCAUUUACUGUGUUAUUGUAACUAUCAUCACUCGGGUUCAGAUUAUUCAUUCAUCAUGACUGAAGAAACCAAAAUAUAUCGUCUAUCUGAAGUUGAACAACACAAGGAUAGAUCAUCAACUUGGAUUGUGAUUAACAACAGUGUUUAUGAUGUUACCUCAUUCCUUGAAGAGCAUCCUGGUGGAGAAGAAGUUUUAUUAGAGAAAGCAGGAGGAGAUUCAACAGAGGAUUUUGAAGAUGUUGGUCAUUCAACAGAUGCUCGCACAUUAAUGGAAAAGUAUAAAAUUGGUGAGCUCCAUGAAGAGGACCGAUUUGAACAGAAAUCCAAAGAGGAGUCCGCACCCGCCACAAAUUCAAGAUGCUGUAUAAUCUAAAUCACGUCAUUUUGGACGUUUGUUCAUCUUUACAUAUAAAUAAUUCUCUUUUUAAUAUUACACGAAACGUCGCAAUUUGUUGUCGAUAUAACAUGCAAAAUGUUAGACUUUUUUCAAUGUUGUAAACCUUGUCUGGUUAACCUGGUGCAAAAUGGUAUUGAGAUAAAUAAUAUAAACACAACAUAACUAAAGUA